CCCACAUCCCCAAAAUGCCAAGCUGGCUGACCCCGCGCACAGUCCUCAUCGGCUCGGUCUUCCUCGCGCUCUUCGGCGUGCUCUACUUCCCCGCCCUCUCGGCGGCGCCGCCAACUCGCACACCCACACCGCCCCAUCUCGACCCGUACGCCCCGCACCAGGUCGUGCUGGGCCAAACGUCCCCCAAGCGCGUCGCCGUCGUCGGCGCCGGCGCCUCCGGGUCCGCGGCCGCAUGGUUUCUCACACGCGCCGCGCGCAUCGCCGAGGCGCGUGCCGGCAAGCCUGUCGGCAGCUUGCUCGCCCCAGUGGUCGUUUACGAUAAGGAGGCCUACGUCGGCGGCCGGAGCACGGUCGUGUUCGCGCACAACGACACGACGGUCGACGCGAGCGAGCUCGGCGCGGCGAUAUUCGUCGGCGCGAACCGCAACCUCGUGAACGCGGCCAAGCUGUUCAACCUGACCACCUACGACGUCGACUUUGACGGCGGCGUGGGGAUCUGGGACGGGCGCGAGUUCCUCUUCACGACCGACGGCACCAAGGGGUGGUGGGGGAAGAUCUGGACUGGGGUCGCCGCGUUCCGGCGGUACGGUGCGCUCAGUCCGUUUCGCCAGGGGCGGGCGACGACGGCGCUGUUGCGCAAGUUUAAGCGGCUGUACGACCCCGCGUGGCUUGCUGCGCGCGGCGCGCUGCCUUCGAUCGAGGAGUUUGCGGCCACUGUCGAGCUCAGCACCGAGCUCACGUCCGAGAAGGGCGUCGACUGGGCGCGCGGCGAGAAGCUCAGCGAUCGGUGGAUCUCGGAGAUGAUUGAGCCGAGCACGAGGGUGAACUACGCGUCCGACCUCGACGUCAUCCACGCGCUCGGCGCGUCCGUGUCCCUUGCCACCGACGACGCCGUCGCUGUCGAGGGCGGCAACUGGCGCAUCUUUGAAGCCUUCCUCAACGACGCCAAGGCCGACGUGCGCCUCAACACGGUCGUGAACGAUAUUGAGCUCGAGGGCGACCAGUUCCGCGUGGUCUCCGACGACACGGACGACGUCUACGACCAGGUCUUCUUCGCUGCGCCGUGGGCGUCGUCGCCGAUCUCGCGGAAGCUCGAAAAACACUUUGACGAGGCGAUCCCGCCGCAGGAGUACGUCCACCUGCACACGACGUUCGCGACGACCAAGACGGACCACCCGGACCCGGCAUACUUUGGCUUCACGGACGGCGCCAAGAUCCCGUCGCAUGUCUUCACGACCGGCUGGACGGCGCGGGAGGAGGGCACGCCGGCCCCGCCGUUCCAGUCCAUCUCGUACCAGCGCACGAUCAACGGCGAGCGCGUAGUCAAGAUCUUUUCACUUGGCCCCAUCGACGACGACCACCUGGAGCGCAUCUUUGGCGAGAAGCCGUCCUGGGUCUUCCGCAAGGUGUGGGAGAGCUACCCCCUGCUUAGGCCAAUAGCCGCGUACGCGCCGGUCGAGCCAAUCCGCGGGCUGCACUACCUCGCCUCGCUCGAGCCAUGGGUGUCGACGAUGGAGACACAGACCCUGUCGGCGCGCGAGGCCGUCGCGCGCGUGGUUGAGCGCUGGUGGGGGCUUGGGCUCGGCGAGUGCGACGGCGGCGCCGAUGCCUGGGACUUUACCUGCAACGCGGGGGCGUAGAGCCGCAAGCGACUCGCGGCCAAGCCACGCUUCGCUCCUUCCUGUGUACACUGCCUCCUUCGUGUAAAGUAUCUGCCCGCGGCAUUCCGUAUGGAUACAUAUGUCUAGUGACGGCCGAAGCCUCGUCUAGUGACGCCCGCAGCCUCGUCUAGUUGACGGCCGUGGCCUCGUCUAGUGACGCGCGCCCGCGCCUACUCCUUGACCGAGUUGACAAACUCGUACACGAGCUCGACGACCUCCUUGGGCUUUUCAGCAUGCACCCAGUGCCCGGCGCCCUCGAGGGUCUCGAGGCGCAUGUUGGGGAAGUAUGCCUGGCAAACAGGGAUGUUGUACUUGUUGAGGUACUUGCUGUCGCCGCCCUUGAUGAACAGCGCCGGCCCGUCCCACUGCGGGGAUGUCGGCGUGACAGGCGGCGGCGGGGUGAAUGGAAACCGGCCGAGAUUGUCCACCUGCAGCUUGAGCAGGCGCAGCGGGAUGCGGAAGUCGAUCACGCCGUCGUCGCGCGCCACGGCGUUGG